CCCUUCGUUGUUAUGGUAUCUAAGAAGGCUUCCAAGAAGUUCAAUAAGGCAAAAUCAAAGGUGUCGGCUAAGGCGAAACAGAAAGCGAAGCUCACCGAUAAGAUUAAACGUAGAGAUGAGAUCAAGGAGAGCAAACGGAAAGCUAAGCUCACCGAGGCAGAGUUAGGGGGACCUGAGGAGGACAUGGACGCAGAGCUAGAUGCUCAGUUGGCCGAGAUAGGCUCCGAUGACGAGGCAGUGUUCUGUGUGCCUGAUGGUAUGGAAGGCGAGGAGGAGCUCGUGAGGGCUCUCAACGAGGGGGAGGACAAGACGGCUACUCAAGAGGGGGCGGACGAUGAUGAAGCUGAUACGCAUAAGAGGGAGCUGGAGGCUCUCAAGGAGACCGAUCCAGAAUUCUAUAAAUUCCUUCAAGAGACGGAUCAAGACUUGUUGGAGUUUGGCCAGGGUGAAGAAGAGGAGGAGAAGGGCCCUAGAGCGAAGGAGAGGAAGCAACCGCAGGCUAAGGCUGACACUGGGGUGCUUACGAUGGAGCGGUUGAAUGAGCUGACGGAGGCAGCUGAGGGGAAGAAGGACGGCAAUAAGUCGCUGAAGGCCCUCCGAGCAGUCCUCUCAGCCUAUCGGGUGGCCAGUCGCAUGAGCAGGGGAGAGGCGAAGGAAGGGGCAGAGUCCGAGGAAGGAAACGACUCAGCUGCUCCUGGUAUUCGCAUUGAGGAUGCGACAGUGUUUAACGCCGUAUUGGAGUGGACUCUGAAAAAAGCCCCGGAGCUCCUGGACCAUCAUGACAAGCAAGUUGCCAAGACCAAGGGGACCGCUGCUGCUGUUGCCGGGGGCGGCGGUAAGACGUUUAUGCUGGGCCGUUUAUUCUGGAGUGAAAGUCUCAACUUAUUGCAGCAGCUUACUGACCUCGACACACAGGAGUUUGUGCUGUGGCAAUUGGGUAAUGGUAGUGCUUUGAAGUACCUCAUGCAGUUGAAGAAGUUGAAGCCGCUAGUAAUAAAUGAGCUCUGCAGGAAGUGGGCAAAGGGAGCUGCCCAGGGCACCAAGUUGGCGGCCUUCUCGGCGCUAUACAAUCUGGUGGGGCAAAUACUAAAGGGUGGUGCUUCCUCUAAGAAGGGUAUUGAAGGGGCUGGGCGGGAGGUUGAGGGUAUAAUGAGGCGGAUGUAUAGGGCAUAUGUCGUAUCGUUACAGAGGGUGCCUGCCCUCACACAUAGGCAGUUGUCGGCUUGUCGGUUCAUGGAGAACUGCAUUGCUGAGAUGCUCACACUGGAGCCCCAAGCCGCCUAUCGUAUCGCGUUUACGAGUAUUCGUCAACUUGGCGUCAUAUUGCGGUCGGCUAUGAAGGCCCAAAGCAAGGGCAUCAAGUCGAUUACUCCUGGGCAGCCAGCUGGGGGGUCUAAGGCAAGCAAAGCGGCAGCAGGAGGAACAGCUGGUGUGGAGGCGGUGCGUCAACUGUAUAGUGUAUGCUAUGUGAGAAGCUCUGCGGUGUGGGUUGCUGCUAUGGAACGCCUACCGGAGCAGUUAAAGGACUUGUUGCACCCGCUAAUGGUGAUACUGUUGUCUGCGGCUAAGUCCAAGGAAGGCCACACUGUCUAUUUGCCCUUCAUGCUGCAUAUGCUGGAGCUCGCCAACUCUCUAGCCGAAAAGGCUAAUGUCUUCGCUCCGCUCACUUCCCUUCUGCUCCGAGGGUUGUCGAACUUAGCGGCUAAGGAAAAGCAGCAGACCAGUACUAGGCGACCAGCCACUGCCUCUACUGACCUGAAGCCGACUCAGGUGGACCUCGUUGUGAGGGUGUCCGAGAGGCAACUUGACAACCGUCCAACUAGCCAGGCUUUGCGGAAGUACCUCCUAUUUGUCCUCACACACCACUUGGCCUUGCUGGCCCGCAGCCCGUCCUAUCCCGAGAUCACUACUCCGUUGAUGACACAUCUCAAGAGGCUACAGAAGUCCAACCUAGCAGUCAAACAUGAGUUGAAGCCGUUGAUUGCCUUGUCGGAGGAGACUUCAGCCCAAGUCACCCGCAUGAGGAGCUCUCUGAAGUCCCCACCAGAGCAGUUCAUGAUUUACACCUAUACCGAUACUGCUAUGGGGAAGGCCUAUCUACAGCAGCAGAAGCAGAGGGAGGAGGAGGAGAAGAGCAAGAUAGAGGCGAUGAUGAAGGGCGAUAAGGAGAUCGAACAGCGGCUAAAACGCCAAAGGGCCGAGGAGACUGGCGAGACUGAGGAGGGCCCGGCUAGGAGUAAGCGGUCUCUGAAGCGUCAGAGGCAGAAGGAGAAGAAGAGACAAGCAUGGUUGGCCGCCCAGACUGCUGCAGCUGAGGCUAUUGGAGAGGCAGCUCAGCAGGAUAAGAGAUAUGAAGAUGAUGCCGAACGACUAGCCUUGUUAGAGAGAAUGCUCGCUAAGGGUGGCGCACUGGUGACGGCGGAAAUUUGCUCCUUUCUGGACAGCAUGAGUGUUGGCAAUUUCAUAGCUACCUCGCGUAGCGUGGAGCAGAUCUUGUGGGAGGAAGUGCCGGCUGAGUGGAAGAGAGCAGGACGAUGUAAUCAGCAGUGCUUCUGGACUAUGCAUCUGAUAGCUACCCCUGCUACGUGUGGUCGUCUUUGCUGUGCUGGACGCUAUUUAAGUCCUAUGCUAUGGAGUUUACGUCUAGAGGCUCAGCCAGAACAGCCACUGCGCCACGCCCUGUUGAGGUCACCAAUCACGAGGUCGUUACGACGGCUGGAAGUGAACUGUGGGAAUGUUGAUAUUAACCCAUUACUGCCUGUGCUGAGAGAGUGCUGCUUGGAGGAGCUGGAGAUGGAGAACAUCGACGAUUUUGAGAUGGUGCAGCCAUUGCUGAAGACAUCUUUAAAGGAGAUAAGACUGUCUGCUGCACGGGAAUGCCGCUGUUCCGAGCUGGAGUUUCCGCCUGGGAUGACUUGUCUGAGAGAGAUACAGCUCAAUUCGGCCCGAAGGGGCGUUUGCCAUGUACCUUCCCGCUCGCUACGGAACGUUCUUGAGGCGGCAGCGAAUCUACGUUGGUGUUCUUUGACAGGAGCUACUACAGACAAUGAUGAGGACCUUAUCUGUGCUCUAUUUGUACUAUCAUUCCUCGACGACCUACAACUUUUUGAUGUUUCCUUUAACCCGAGUCACGGAUGGGGCAUGGACCCUUACCGUUUAUAUCAGCUACGCCGCAGACUUUUCCCGAGCUACCCAAUAUUCUGCGCUAACGAAGAAGCCUCUGCUAUAUGUGUAUGUAGGGGUCUAGGGUCAGCACCAGUAGAGAGACUACGUGAGAGCUAUCUUACUUGCCUCUGGUCCCGUAGUGGAUGGACACCAGAACGCCUAGCCUGUUGUGAAGUUGGAGUUGAUAAACUGGAGUGUCGGGAGUGCGAAGAGAUACUAAAUUGGUACUCAUCCAGUAGUGUGGUCCCUACAGUUUCUCAUGUAGUUGAGAGGGCAGUAUGUGGGCGUUCCCCUCCGCCCAUCGUCCGCAGCUGUGCUGAAGCCAGGCACCAGGCCCUUGCUGUCCGUCCCUGCCGAUCGGCGGCGCCUCCUUCACGACUUUGGAGGAGCAUCGCUACCUUCUUUGGUCUGUAG